AUGGAGUCCAGAGCUUCUGUCUUUAUUCUUGUCUUGCUGCUCGGCUUCUCCCAGGCUUUCAAACUCAACGCUCCCCAGCCAAUGGACAUCUCAUCACAAAUUCUCACCACUAAUAACGGAUCUAGUGAACUGUUGGUGGAGGGAGACAUACUGUUAGCAACAUCCAGAAACUCUCUGGUCUGCCCCAACAACAACUGCUUUUGGAAGAAGUCCUUAACUGGCUUUGUGGAGGUGCCUUUUAUAGUGAGCAAUGAUUUCACAUCCUCUGACAGGAAUGUAAUUGCUAAUGCCAUGGCCAACUUCCACAGCAAAACCUGCAUUCGUUUUGUUAACAGGACAGUUGAAACUGAUUACCUCAGCAUUGAGAACAAAGAUGGGUGCUUUUCUGCUGUGGGCAAAACUGGUGGUCUGCAGGUGGUCUCUCUCAACAGAGCUGGCUGUCUUGUACAAGGCAUUGUUCAGCAUGAGCUUAACCACGCUCUGGGUUUCUACCAUGAGCACACCAGGAGUGACCGUGAUAGCUAUGUCAUCAUCAACUGGGAAAACAUCAGUCCAUCAAUGCAGUACAAUUUCAACAGAGAGAACACCAACAACCUGAACACACUGUAUGACUACUCCUCUGUGAUGCACUAUGGAAGACGAGCUUUCUCUAUGAACGGACGUGACACCAUCACUCCAACUCCUAAUCCUUUUGUAGACAUUGGACAGAGACAGAAUCUGUCCAACAUUGACAUCCAAAGGAUAAAUAUUCUGUACAAGUGCUAAAGCUCACAUACAGAGUUCA